AAGAGACAGAAAUAGGAAAAGAGUGACGAAAAAUGUAAAAAUGGUUACGGACUUGGACAAUGACGAUUUGAAAAAGACGAUGAUAGGCAAUAACAAAAAACUAAAAACUGAUACAGAAAACUGUACUCCCGUUCCGUUUCAAGGAACUUUAAUUCGUAAAGGGGUUGUUGUGAAAUUACAAAUGCCUCAACAAACGCAAAAUCAAAUUACAGACCAAACUCAAAAUCAAAAACGAGAUCAAACACUAAAUCAAAUACAAGAUGAGGUAGGUGGCAAAAAAGAAAUAGAACAAAACAGGAACUUUCAUAGUGUUUGCUACACUGAAAACCACAGUGGGGAAUUUCGUGUACUAAUAGAUACCUCAGAAUGUGCUUUAAUUAACAAUGAAAGAUUGAAAAAUGGUUUAUUUUUGUGGGAAAAAAUAAGGAAUCUAGAUGUAAUUGGUAUAAAGAACAUCAAAGGAAUUGGAAGGUCACUCUAUAAAAUUGUCUUUGAUACGUAUUUUAAUGCAAAUUUAUGUGUGGUGAAUGAAAACUUGAAAAAGAAUAAUAUAAAGGCAUUUAUACCAAGAAAAUUUGUUGAGACAAUUGGAGUGGUUAGAAAUGUACCAUUAGGAUUCCAGGAUGAGGAGAUACUUAACAACAUUACAUCGGACUGUAAGAUUACUUCUGUGUCGAGGAUUAUGAGGAGGGACUUGAUUGAUAAGGAGAAGUUCAACCCGACUUAUUCGGUCAAAAUAAGUUUUGAAGGGAAUGAGCUUCCGGAGAAAAUUGAUAUUUUUUUUGUGAAUUUCAAGGUUAACCACUAUAUACCUAAAAUAAGGCAGUGUUAUAACUGUGGGCGUUUGGGACAUACUAGGUUGGGUUGCAAAUCCAAGAACAGAUGCAUACUAUGUGGGAAAGAAGAGGGUUGUGAUAGAGAAUGUAAAGAGGAAAAUAAGUGCAUUUUAUGUGGUGGUGCAGAUCACUGUGCGUUGAACAGCAAGUCGUGUCCGAAAUGGGAAAAAGAGAAAAAAGUUGUUGAAAUAAUGACAAUUAAAAAAAUUUCUAAAUUUGAAGCGAUGGAGACAUAUAAUUUAAGCAAUAAUCGUUUCAAUAUACUAAGUGACUAUGAGAAAGAUUUUCCCGCAUUAAAUAAAACAAAAUCGAGGCGUAUAAAUAACGAUCAUGAGGUAAACAGGAGAUUGAUAACAAAGAAAUAUAGUUACAUGGCAAAAUCUGAAGAAAAAAGAAAUAGGGUGUUUAAAGAGAAGGAAGUAGUAGAACCGUGCUAUGAAAAGCCAAAUUGGACUAAAGUAAGUGAAAUUGAGAAGCUUUUGAAAAUGCUGAUAACAAAGUUUGGUAUAGAUCAAGAAGAUCCAAUUGUAAGACUUCUGGAUGGACUGUUUGGAAGUAAUAUUAAUGAACGCAUUACUAGAAAGUUAGGAAUACAAGAUGACAGACACAAUAAGGGUGUUACAGUUGAAUAUUCAAAGCCUUAAGGCGAACAAAAGUUAUGUUGAUUUUUUCAACCAGAAGUAUGGUAUAGAGAUUGUAGGCUUACAAGAAAUUUUUUUCUCAUGACAAAGUGAAUCAUAAGUUAGCUGGUUUUAAUUUGAUUAAAAAGAUUCGAAGUGAUGGCUAUGGAGGUGUGGCCAUUGGGUUUAAGAAAGGUAUUAAAUACUCCAAAAUAAAAUACAGGACUACACACGACAUAAUUGUUGCUAGGACAAUUAGUCUUAGGAAUAAUCUCAUAGUUUGCUCGGCAUAUUUUCCACCGAGUAUCAACACAAGGGUCUUUGAGACAGAAAUGACACGACUGCUUUGUUUUUUACAUAAAUAUAACAACGUUCUUUUAUUAGGAGAUUUUAAUGCUAGGGCGAAUAGUUGGGGUGACAAUGUAAAUACACCAAAAGGAAAGGUACUCUCUAGUUUAACGGAAAAUUCAAACUUUAGGUGCAUAAAUGAUGGGACAGCUACUUUUCAGUGUAGUCAAAAUAAUAUUGACUCCAUCUUGGAUUUGGCCUUUACAAAUUCAAAUGAGCAUAUAGGUUUUCAGUGUUUACAAGCAUAUGUGGGGGGUAGCAACCAUCGUCCGAUUGUGUUGGAAAUUAAUAACAGUAAGUUACCAAAUAUGUUUAUUUGCAAAAACAAGUUGAAAAAGAACUUGGGAAAGGUAAGGUUCGAAAAUAUGGAAAAAUUUGAGGAAAAUAUGAAGGAGGUUCAAGCAGGGGCUACGAUAGAUUUAAAUACGGUGAAAUACACACCCAAGAUGUGGUGGAACAAGGAAUUAGAAAAACUUUAUAGAAUAUUAAUAGCUAAAAGAAAAAAGGCAAAUCAAACUGGUAGGAUAGAAGAUUUAGAGGCAGCAGUUGUGGCUAAACAGAGUUGGAAGUUGGCGGUUAAAGAGGCAAAAAAAGAAAGUUUCUCAAAGAGAAUUGAGAUGCUAAAUCAAAAUCCGAAUUCUACAGAAGCGUGGAAGUUUUUAAAGAAUCUAAACAGUAGUAAGGAUGUGGGCACUGAAGAAUGGUCAAUGGAAGAUAGUGAGAAAUAUUUAAAGAUGUUAAAAGAACAGGUUCAGGAAACGGAUGAGAUGGUCAACUUUAGGGGUGUUCAAAUGCAAAAUCCUGCCAUAGAAUUUAACUUUGAAAAAUUUGAAAGGCUUAUAGGAAAAAAAAAAUCUACUGCAGGGGGGAAAGAUAGGGUGACUUUUGAUAUGAUCAAACAAUUACCGAUAGAAACGAAAAAGCAGUUUUUUGACUCCUUAAUGGAGCAUUUUAACAAGAACUGUGUGAGGGAGGAAUGGAGAUUUAUAAGAGUUGUACCGAUCCCAAAAGCUAAUAAAAACUUGGAAGAGAUUAAAAAUUUCAGGCCAAUUUCAUUACUGUCGGUUAUUGUCAAAAGUCUUAAUUUAAUGGUCAAGAGUGAGUUGGUAGAAUUUGUGGAAGAAAAUGAAAUAAUUCCCAAUAAAAGCUUUGCGUAUAGAAAACUAAGAUCGGCUACGAUGUGCACAAAUGAGGUUUUACAUACAGUGGCAGAAUUAAAGUUGAAAAAUGAAAAAGUUUUUAUAUGUGUUUUAGACAUAUCUGAUGCCUACAACUGUGUAGAUUUAAAAAUAUUACAUAAUUUGUUAAUAGAUUAUAGGAUAAACUCAAAAAUUUCUGAUUGGGUUUAUAAUCUUUUUUCGCGUAGGAUACUAACCUUGGGGAAUCAGUCAAUAGUGAUUAAAAACGGGCUACCGCAAGGGAGUUGUUUAUCGCCCAUAUUGUUUAACAUAUACACGGCCAAACUGCAUAAUAUCAGGGAUAGUAAUACGUACAUUUUUCAGUUUGCGGAUGACAUCGCGAUAAUAAGUCAUGACAGAAAUGAGCAUAGUGCGUUGGUUAACUUAAAACAGAAAAUUUUGGAAAUGCAAGCAAGGUGCAGUCAUAUAAAUUUACAAUUAAACCUGGACAAAACAAAGUUUAUGUAUAUGAGUUCAAACAAAAACAAAAAGUUUGAUAUGAGCGUUCUUGAAUGUAGUAUUGAACAAGUGUACUGUAUGAAAUGGUUGGGCAGAGUGAUCAGCGCAAAUGGUACUAUUAAAGAACAUAUAGUUAACGUAAAAAAAAAUACAAUUAAAGCCAAGAACUUAAUUACCCAACUCUCCACUAUUAAGGCGGGGCUGACGCCUAAAAUUGCAAUAAACAUUUUCAAAACAUUUGUAAGGUCAAAAGUUGAAUUUGCGUAUACUACAUUUGCAAAUGCUCCUAAAGGUUAUGAAAGGCAGAUACAAACGAUUGUAAAUGAUACGUUAAGGCGAUGUUUGGGGGUUCCACCUAAUACGCCAACAUAUGCGAGAUAUGCACUUGCUUGCGAACUUCCGCCUCUUAGCAGAGCGCUGUGGUUAACUGCUAAGGAACUAAUUAAACAGUGGUUUCUUAAUCCGGGUUUAAGAACUAGUUUACAAAAUAGUCAGAUCAUUAAUUCAAGUUAUGGUUGUGUAUAUGUAGAGUUCAAGCACAUUUUGGAUAGAAUCUGCACAAGAGUAAGUUUUCGAAAACAUAAGGAUCUACAGUUUAUACAAUCGGAGUUAUAUAGCUCGAAAACUAAUUUUUCUCAGCAGCAAUUAAAAGCGGUGUAUAGCGAAAAGAGGGAUAAUCUAAAAAGUCGAGGUUUUUACAUGUUGGCCACAGAUGCAUCGAUUAUAGAGGAUAGGGUAGGUUGUGCAGUGUAUGACUUAGAAAAAAAUGUUUCGUAUCUUUAUAAAAUAAAUGGAACAGUUUCAUCGACCUUUGGUGAGUUGGUAGCCUUAAAUGAAGCGGUGGGAAUUGCAAAGAAGAGUGGCAGGGAAAAAGUUGUCCUCUUUACGGACAGUUUAGCAGCAAUUAAACUAUUAGACUGUGA